GAAACAAAGAAAUAUGCUGCCAAUGCUGCCUUAUCACCCAAUAGCUCACUACUUUCUUCUUACUCUAUUUGGCUCCAUUUUAUCUACACAUAUUCAUGCAUGCACCUCAAGUGAAAGUACCUCUCUCUUGUCUUUCGCCUUCACUCUGUCUUCUCCUUCCUUAAAUUGGACUACCAUGGAUUGUUGCCGAUGGGAAGGCAUUACUUGUGAUGUGGCUGGUCGAGUAACCCAUUUGCACUUAUCCUCCAAAGGCCUAAAACUCAAAGGAGGUAUUUUUUCCUCAUCACCACUCAGAAAUCUCACACAUCUGACCCACCUCAAUCUCUCUCACAAUUCACUUUAUGGUUCUUUAGAUCAAGCUGGAUUCAUCUUGUCCUUGGGUCCUCUUGAGGUACUUGAUUUGAGCUUUAACCUUCUUUCUGGAGAGCUACCAGGUUCUCUAUCCAAUAAUAUUCGGAUGGUGGAUUUGUCUAGCAAUCGCUUCCAUGGUGCAAUUCCAUCCUCCUUCUUCCAACAAGCAAAGAAUUUGACUCGAUUCAAUGUCGCAAACAAUGACUUCUCCGGUUAUAUCCCGUCAUCUAUUUGUGUCCAUUCUUCUUCCUUGAUUAGGCUAUUGGAUUUUUCCCAUAAUAAUUUUGGAGGCAAUCUCUCUCGCGGACUAGGAAACUGUUCCAAACUGGAAGUUUUCCGUGCUGGUUACAAUAACCUCUCAGGAUCACUUCCAGAAGAUAUCUAUUAUGCUACCGCACUAGAAGAAAUUGCAAUCCCUGCUAAUUCCUUUUAUGGAGGCAUUAGUAACAGAAUUCUUAACCUCACUAACCUCGCAAUCCUUGACCUCUACUUAAAUAAUUUCAGUGGCAUGCUUCCAAUAGAUAUUGGUAAGCUCUCCAAAUUGAAAGUCUUGCUCCUUCAUUCCAACAAUCUAGAAGGUUUCUUGCCACCAUCUUUGGUGAAUUGCACAAACCUUUUGGAACUGAAUCUAGGAUUCAACCUUUUGAAAGGAAAUAUCUCGGCUUUUAAUUUCUCCAGACUUGGUCAACUUCGUAAACUGGACUUCAUGAGUAAUCAUUUUACUGGUAUCUUGCCAAUAAGCCUUUACUCAUGCAAGUCCCUUAGAGCAAUUCGACUAAGCUUAAACAACCUAGAGGGACAAAUACAACCCGAGAUUGUCUCAUUGAAACACUUGUCCUUCCUCUCACUUUCUGGGAAUAGACUGACCAAUGUCACAGGUGCUAUGAAUAUAUUGAAGGGCUGUAGACGUCUCACGGUACUCAUCCUUUCAACCACUUUUAUAGGUGAAGAAAUGCCGGAUGGUGCCCACAUGGCUGACUUUGAUGGAUUCCAAAAUCUUAGGAUUUUGGCUUUGCGUGGUUGUGAGCUCACCGGUCAAAUACCUAUAUGGUUUUCUAAGCUCAAGAAGCUAGAGAUCUUGGAUGUGUCUCUUAAUAGAAUCACAGGCUCAAUUCCUACUUGGUUGGGGACUUUUCCAAUGCUCUUUUCUAUAAACUUGGGGUCCAACCUAAUAUCAGGUGAAAUUCCGAAAGAACUUUGCACACUACCAAUGUUGUUAUCUGAACAAACUGCAGCUCAAGUAGAUCAUGGUUAUCUUGAAUUGCCUUUCUUCGCCUCCCAAGCCGUGCCUGAUGCAAGUAUUUUACAGUUCAACUCUUUGUCUUACUAUCCACCAUCGAUAUUCUUAGGCAACAAUAGCAUCAGUGGCAAUAUACCUACUGAGAUAGGAAAGUUGCAACGUCUCCGUACAUUGGAUCUCAGUGCCAACCAGGUGUCUGGCAACAUUCCAGACCAAAUAUCUAAUCUAAAAAAUUUGGAGAAGUUGGAUCUUUCAGUGAAUCAUUUGUCUGGAGAAAUCCCACCUUCAAUGAAAAGUCUUAGUUUCUUGUCAUAUUUUAAUGUCUCUUAUAAUAAUUUGGAAGGAGAAAUACCAAAAAGCACUCAGCUCCAAGGCUUGAAUGUCUCAGCAUUUGAGGGGAAUCUGAAGCUUUGUGGUUCCCCGCUUCUAAAUCUGUGUCAAUCAUUCAAUGUUACUGAUACAGAUGAUGAUAAGAAUGACGGGAAUCAAAUUCUAGGGUUUCAUAUUUCCGUUGUGCUUGGCUUCACUAUAGGGUUAGUGGGAGUUUGUGGUUCCUUAUUGCUUAUCAAGACCUGGAGAGAUGCAUAUUUCAAAUUCCUGAAUAAUGUUCAAGAUAGGCUCAAAUGCUGAAUGAGAUUGCACGUACAGUUCGCUUGGCAAGCGAUUCGAAAGAACUCUUUGAGCCAAACUGAACACUUCUCUCUCUUGUCGUUUUCCCUCUCCCAGUUUUCUCCUUCCUUGAAUUGAACUUGUAGUAAUUGCUGCUACUGGGAAGGCAUCACUUGUUAUCGGGAUGGUGUUAAGAAAAUUGAAGAGUCAAAGUCAAGAAAGUCAAGGUCAACGGUGCAUACACCUCCUAUGUGGUAUAAAUAGGGAUAAUCACUUUUAGUAUAAUCAGUUGCAACCAUUAUACA